UGUAGGAAUGCAUAUCUCCUCGCUAUAUAUCUUACCACUUCGUCUUCUCCCUCCACGAUCCCCAGAUGGCAAUUUAUGUCAUGCUGCGUCGGAUGGACAUUAGGGUUCCUGGGCAAUGUGUAUCAUGAUGAAUUACUAAACGAUCUCCGGCGUCCAGCAGACAAGCGUCUUGUUUCCGUCGUAGAACUCACGAAUGAGAAAGAAGACAAAAAAGUGGGAAAAGGUAGAUAUAUGAUUCCACGUGGGGGAUUGUUUGAAUUUGUUUCUUUUCCUAACUAUCUUUGCGAGUGGUUAGAGUGGACUUUUUUCGCUCUGGCAUCAGCUCCACUCACUCUAUCUUUGUCACCCACACAACGCUCCCAUCUCCCCGGUCCAACCGCCUUUUGGCCAGCAAAAUUGUUAACCCCACCCUGGAUGUUCGUAAUCUUUGAGAUCUCCGCAAUGCUACCAAGAGCACUGAGAGGUCAUGGAUGGUAUCACGAUACGUUUGGGGUACGAUAUCCUAUCAAACGACGGGCUGUGGUACCAUGGGUGUUAUGA